UUUGUUAUACUGAUGUUAGAAGCGGCGUGGAGGGUGUACAUUGUGGCAUAAAUGAUAAUAUUAAAAAUUAAGAAAAUUGUAUUGUUGUGAUUUGGGAAAGGCGUUCGAGCAAAAGCUACGAUGAAUUUAUCACCUUUAGCUAGACAAUUUCUAGUGGCUGGUUCAACACAUUUGGCAGCCUUAUCAGCUGGGGGCGUCGUAGCAUACCCGAGCGUAUUGCUUGAACAACUGAAGUCCAAUGACACGAUCAUACAAAUUGAUUUACACAAAGGAUCAUGGAUCGGAUCAAUCCACGGCAUCGCAGGGUUACCGAGCAUCUUUCUACCUUUCAUCAUGCAACACCAAGGCAGAAGAUUCGCCUUCAUCCUGAGCUGCCUAGUCAUCAUCAUUGGCUGGAUCAUCACGUACUUAGCACAAAACAUCACGACUUUAAUCAUCGGUGAAUCUUUCCACGGCUUAGGAACUAAUAGUCUUAUAACUACAUCAUUUUUGAGUAUCACCGAAAUGGUUUCUCCCGUCUAUAGAAACACAUGUCUCUUACUCUACGGCGCUGUUCAAGCCUUCGGCAUAUCUUUUGUAGGGAUUUUGGGCAGAUACCUUCAUUGGAAGACAUUAGGAAUCAUCAUGUGCUGUCCUGUCAUUAUAGCCGUUCUGAUUGGCUUUUCCUGGCCAGAAUCUCCUUCCUGGUUGGCUUAUAAAAGAAGGUUUGGAGAAUGUGAAAAGUGUUUCGUAAAACUGAGAGGCACUGAUCCAGAAUCCAGAAAAGAAAUGAAAACUUUACUUGAUACCAAAACGGAGAAUGUUGAACAGACUACUGCAGUCCAAGAUUUGAGAAAGACUAUAAUCAGUAGAGAUUUCUACGUACCAGCUUUUCAUACUUGUAUUUUGAUAAAUGUUGCGUACUGGUGUGGGGGUGUGCCCGUCAUCAUAUACGGAGCAGAUAUGAUAACUAAAAUAUCGGGAUCAAUGAAUACGAAAGCAAAACUGUUUAUGGAUAUCGCUUUCUCUGUUGGCUAUAUGAUUGCCUCGGUCUUAGUCCGUUACAUUAGCAGUAAGAAGGUGAUGUUAUACAGCCUUACCGGCGCUACUAUUUGUAUGGCCGGGGCUGCUAUUUUUUCCUACUUUAGUCACAUAUUUGCUUUAUACUUUCUGAUGGCUUUCCAAGUCUUGUUAAGCUUAGGCUCUAGUAGCAUUGGUUUCUCUUUAUCUAGUGAAAUAAUGCCAGUAAAAUAUAGAGGGAUUGGUGGCAGUUUGUAUGUAAUUCUAGUUUGUCUUCUUCAUUCUUCAUGCUUAAAGGCAUAUCCUUAUUUAUGUAUAUUCCUUAAUAUAUGGGGUGUAUUUCUUAUAUACGCGAUUUAUGGGACGUUUUCCAUUGUUUUUAUAUGGAAAUAUGUUCCUGAUACUAAGAAUAGGACGUUGAAAGAAAUUGAAGAUUAUUAUGCUUGUGGAUAUUUUAAGAAAUGGGAUGAUGAUGAUGAGACUGUGAAUAGGCCUAUGAUUAAAUGUGAUAGUAAUUAGGAUUGAAGACAAAAUU